UUCCUAACCAAUUGUUUGACAUUUCUCAUAAGUCUAACAUUUUUUUAUCCCAAUUAACGAUUAUUUAUAAACAUCAAAUAUCAUUUUAAAGUGUCCUAGAACAAAAUACUAGAUUGUAAAUAAAAAACUCAUGUUUAAUUUAUCAAGUUGAUUUUUAAAUAUUUUCUACUAAAAAAUAGCGAUAAGUAAGGGCUGAUUCAUGCAGAUUUUUGCAAUUGUGCUGACGAAAAGGAUUGAAAUUUUUUUCAAAUCGUCCAUUCAUGCUACGUAACAUUUAUCAUAUAUGAAUAAGGAUUUGAAUAAGCGAAAUUUAAUGAGUGUGAAUGUACCAGACAUGAGACAAAUUGAUAGUUACAAAUAAAUGAAUUAAAUAAUUCAAAAUAAAAAAAUUUUGGCACGGGUGCGGUCAGAUUACGGAUUAUUUACAAAGUGACCCGUGCGCAUGCGUAAAAAUGGAGAAAAGUGACCAAAAACCCGCGCCCCGUGCGACCGUGCGAGCACGGUAGUGUGCCAAUAGCCACUAAAAAAAUAUGUCAAAAGCAAUUGAUGAUCAAGAAAAUGACAUUUCAUCAGAAGAUAAUUCUCAAGAUGAAUUAUCAGACAAAAUUUCAUUGCAAGAUCUUCCAGUAGAGCUAUUUCUUCAUAUAUGUUCAUUCCUUGACGCAUCAACGCUUGUCCAUCGUCUAGGAUUGACAUGCAAACAGUUUUGUAAUAUUUUACAUGAUGAUUCAAUAUGGAAAACUAGGAUCAGUCGUGUGUGGCCCAACUCACGGUUUCCAAUUUUACCUCCUGAUGAAAACGAUAAAUUAUUUUGGAAAUCAUCAUGUAUUGCUGUUGAACGUCAAUCGUUUUUAUGGAAAAAUGUCGAAGCUUAUGAAAAUUUUUCACUUGAAGAUGGACAUUAUGGUACUGUUGAUGGAGUAUUACUUAUUGAUAAUGGGAGAACCUGCAUUUCUGGUGGACGUGACAGAUCGUUGAUAUGCUGGAGGCUGAAAUCCGCUGAGCAUGAAGAGAAAAUUCAAAUGAAUCAAAGCUUCGGACAUGACGGAUGGAUACGUGAUUUAACAUUAAUGCAUAAUAAAAUUUAUAGCUGUAGUUGGGAUCAGAGAGUCAUAGAAUGGGACGUGUCUAACAUUGACAUUAAUCUUGUAAAUAGAAUUCCAUUAUUCAGAGAUAAAACAAGUGCAUUACUGUGUAUUGCAUCAAAUUCAGAAUUAAAUUUAUUAGCUACCGGAUCAUGGAACAAAACAAUUUCUGUGUUGGAUCCACGGUUACAAGAACCGCUGGUCAAUCAGUAUCAAGCUCAUAAGGGGCCUGUACUUAAAGUUAAAAUGGACUCACAGUAUAUUGUGUCAGCAAGUGAAGAUAAACAUGUAUCUAUUUGGGACCAACGAGCUGGACAAAUACUGAAGACUAUAAGGAUCUCAAAAGAUUCAUUUCCAAUGAGUAUGGACAUGCUUAAAGGAACUGUUUAUAUUGGAGAUUCGGCUGCUAAUAUUCAUAUAUUAGAUAUAAAUAAAGAAUUUAAUAUUAUUCGAACUUACAAGACUGAACAUACUAAUAAAAUAUCGGGCAUUCGUGUUACACCAGGUAGCAUUAUUACCAGUUCAGCAGAUUCAACAGUAAGAAUUUCCAGUCCAACUGAUCCACCACGACAAUUUACUAUUUUACAAUGCCGUCAUGGUGAUAUUGCAGGAAUGGACUAUAUGAACGAAGUACUUGCGGUAUGCGGAGAAGGUGCAGUUCAAAUUUGGAGACCGAAAACUGAACUUGUCUGCUGAUAUUCAUAAAAUUUAUUUAAAUUUAACCGCCAAAAUUUAUUUAACCCGUAUUAAUGUACAAUAAUUUUUAAAUGUUUGCUUUUUUUAACUGUCGAUUAAAAAUCUUAACUCGAAGCUUUUUUCUAACUUUAUAUUUUUCCUAACUGUUGUUUUUUUAUAAAAUACUUAUUGUUUUAUCACAAAUUUUAACGAUUAAUUACAUCAGUUCAUAUUAUUGCUUUCACCCGAAUUUCAACAUGAAAAUUUUUUUUAUUAAAAUAGAAAACAAAACAUUUAUCAAUAUUUUGU